AUGGUAGGUGACGCGCCUAUGCACCUUUUCUCGAAAUUGGCUGAUAGGACCGAAAGUUCUAUCGAUGAGACAUCCAAGUAUACUGGGAAACAGACCGAAAGCAGAACUCCCCGACCUAUUCCCCCGUGGCUCAAAGUCACAGCUUCCCAAGUGCUGUAUCGACUGAAUCGCCCGGAGAGUGUCUUUUUCGACAACCGAGUACCCGAAAAAGCUUCAAACCUAUCAGAAAAGUCAAACUUGACAUGUCAAGUCAACCUGGGAGAGGCAUUUUUGCUUCGAUACUUCGUGGAAGAACUUGCUAAAUGGUUUGAUAUUUGCGACCCUGAACGGCAUUUUGGUGUGGUCGUCCCUCAACGAGCCCGCUUUUGCCCACCUCUUUUCAACGCGGUUCUUUCGGCCUCGGCGAGACAUUUCACAACACUACCAGAUUAUCGACAGAAAGAGAAAACCGUUCAACUUGGAUUACAGGAAGACCUGAUUAUUAGCGAAGCGGCCGUCCUCGACUACCACAAUCAAUGUAUUGCACAUCUUCGACUUCUUGCCAAUGAACCUGACGCUAUUAUGGACGAGAAUCUACUCGCAGCAGCGGUGGUUUUGCGAUUCUAUGAAGAGCUGGAUGCCCCAUUCAUCGAUCUCCCAACCGAUCCCGCUACCCGCGGCCUCCAAGUUUUUAUCGAAGCGCAAGCAGAUUUGGCAUUGGCAUCUACAGGUAUCCGAAAUGCAGCGUUUUGGGUUGGAUUUAGUCAAGAGUUUCAUAUGGCAUUUUCCCAACAACGAUCAUUUCGCCUUUCACUCGACAUGUGCGACACUUAUCUUUCAUUAGAUCCUGCACCGGAUCAUAUCUUGGUGAACAGGCUUCUGAUUAUUGCUGCACAUGUAAAGCAGUAUUGCUAUGAUGAUCAUGACCAGCCAACUUACUCUCGUUAUGAAGAACUUGCCGCUCUUUAUCAGCGCUGGUUAAAAGUAAGGCCUCUCUCUUUCUUUCCUGUCUACUCUGACGCCCCGGAUCGGGAAAAGGAUGAGCUAUUCCCGCGAAUAUGGUUCUUGAACGACUUUCAUAUUUUAGCCGAGAAGAGUGUUGGAUUGGUAAAUAUUUUCUUGACAGCCUAUGACCCCACUAUUGCGCGAGUUGGUCCAGGCAAACGGAGUGCGAUGGAAUCGAUCGAUACCAAACUCAAGACCACCGUCUUAAUAUCUGCGGCAUUGCUAUAUCUAAUCGACAAGAAUCAACCGCAAUUUUAA